AUGUACUACUUUACGAGUCUAUGUGGAAUCACUAAGCUCACGUUGCUCCAGGCUGGAUGGACCAACUUCGGUAAUGCAGCAAACAUACUUGCCGUCGUGCAAUUUGUCAAGGAUGCUCUGAAAGAAAUAUACGAUCGUAUAAGCACAGCAGAGAAGAAGCUCGCGGAAGUGAAGAAAGCCCUCGACGGCUGCGAGUCGCUAUUAGAGCAGAUGCUGGUCAAGGACCCGCUGCUCGGAAAGAUCAUCGAGAAGCGUCAUCGGCAUUUCAUUUCAUUAUUCGAAAAGCAGGUCAGAAUAGCACGAGCAGAGCACGACAAAUAUCUGGAGAGGAUCAUAGCGAAAGAGUCUGAUGUGUCAUACGGAGAGCUCCUGAAGUCGAUAGAGGCCUUGAAAAAUACUGUCAAUGACCUAUAUUGCGAUAAAUUGCGCACUUCUAAUGCGGUUCGCACGGAAGAACCUAUCUACCAAGAAAUGUACGACAAAUGGUACCAUAGGCCUCCCAUUUAUCCGGAGUAUAUAUUGGAUUUGGAACUUGAUGCGGUGUACAAACGUCAUCAAUCAAGGAGUAACGACUUCUGUGUAUAUAUUGGUGAGAUUGAAUUUAUUCGGAUCCAUAAUUGCUAA